AUGUCCAGAAAUCCCGCCAAGCGCCAGAAAGUUCAAGGAGUGACCCCUGCAGCCUCUGAUUUCGAGAGUUUCGCACCAGAUGGAGAUGUCGUCUUCAUCGUCAACAGGGAUAAACGCGUGCGCGUUCAUUCUGUUGUGAUGAAGGGCGCCUCGCCUGUAUUUGCCGCAAUGCUCGGGCCAAACUUCAUGGAGGGCCAAGCUCUGGCGACGGCCAACGCCAAUGCCAACGCCGAAACCGACCCCUUCGAGAUCGCACUACCUGAAGAAGAAAGCUCCAUUUGCUUCGGAUGGAUUCGUAGAGCUCUCCACUCUCAAUCUGCCACAAUGCUCUGGGACCCCAAAUGCUUGGAGCUUGUGAAAGUCUGGUCCAUCAUCGACAAGUACGACAUGCAGCAGAGCAUGCAACUUUCUAUCAUGUUCUGGUCACACAAGAGACUUUCCGCGGCCCUCACGACACAAGAUCUCUGGCUUUUGGCCCUGGUGUGCUUCCAGAAUAAAGACUCGGCUUCCUUUGAGACUAUCACCAAAAGGCUUCUUCGACGUUCCGAGGGAGCAUUCUUCACCAGCGGCUCCAAGACUGAGAGGCUGGUUAAUAAAAACAUGCAAGGACGAUUUUGGUACAAGCUCGCAGCAAAGCUCCAGGUGGUACGAACUGAUGCCCAGAACAAGGUGGCUAGGUUGGUGUACAAUGAGAUUCCCUUUAUCCUUGCUUCACACACCUGUGCUACCGAAACAGCGGACUACUUCGACCACUUACCCCAUCUCAUGUGGAAUGAUGGUUUCCAGAUCUUCUUCUUGGACAUUGGAGCCCCUGCGAGCUACCUUGACGAGGUUUUAUCAGCGCUGGAUAGCUGGGUGACUCGACAUGGUGGCCGACAUGGAGGCUUAUGUGAUGGCUGUGCUGGGCUUACAGAUUUACUUCGAAGGCAAAUCCGUAAUUCUGAACCUAAGAUCAAAGGCAUAUGCCUUGCUUGUUUCGAGAAGGGAGACAGCACAUGUUCUGAGCACAAGGACUAG